AUGGCUCCGAUACCCAUAACCAUCAUAACCGGCUUUUUAGGCUCUGGAAAAACGACACUGCUGCUAAACAUCAUUCCACAACUUCGCGCUGUUAAUCCUUCAUAUCGUCUAGCCCUAUUGAAGAACGAAUUCGGUGAUGUAGCCAUCGACUCGCAGCUCGCCUCGUCGAGCGCUGUCUCCGGCGUCCAAGAGCUUCUUAAUGGCUGUAUAUGCUGUAACCUCGUUGGCCAGCUGAGCACUGCUCUCGCUGAGCUGCGCUCCAGCGUCAAUCCGGAUCGCAUCGUCAUCGAGACCUCCGGCUCCGCCUUCCCUGCUACUCUAGCCAUCGAAGUCAACCGACUGGCUCGCGACACUGGCCACUACACACUCGAUGGCGUUGUCAGCGUUAUAGACGUCGAGAAUUGGAAGGGAUACGAGGACACGAGUUAUACCGCUCGUAUACAAGCCAGGUAUACGGACCUAAUCGUCUUUAACAAGUGGGAAAACUGCGAUGAGCGUAGAUUUGAUGACUGUCUCGACCGAGUAGGGGAUCUCGAGGUUGAUGUCGCUUGGGUAAAGAGUGAUAGGGGGCGAGUCCCCGUCGAUGUCAUCUUCGGUGUCGAUGGCGGACUAGCGAGGUCCUUAACCGAUGAAUUAUCUAUAAAUAAUAACAGUGACGGUCGCCCCCACGACGGCCAUGUUCAUAUUCAUGGUCAUGAUCAUGAUCAUGAUCGUAAUCACAGCAACGAUCACCAAAGUGAGGUUGAGGUCCUCUCAAUCACCUUGACCGGGGACCCAGGUGCCGUCACCAGUGCGACAAAACUAAUGUCUUUGCUUAACGCCGCACCCAAAGACGAGGUGUACCGGAUCAAGUCUGUAUUAACAACAUCGUCAACGGUCCGAAGCUCCGGAGAAGAUGAGGUGUCGGCACCGGAAAUGUCGUCAGGUUGCCCAGGCAGGUAUAUACUGAAUUGGGCAUUUGGGAGAUGGGCAUUUACCCCUCUCGACUCUGAGACGGUCGAGCACAGCUCAAGCCAUCGGACUGUGCUUCGCAUGACAAUGAUCCUGGCGAGGUAUGAGAGUGGGAAAUGGAAAAAGAAAUUGGAGACGGGAGGGUUCCUAGAGCUCGAAGACGGUAUGCAAGGGGAAUUAGCCGUCACUAAGAUUUCUUAA